AUGUUUUCGCAGAGAGAAGCCAAGGCAUUAGGCAAAGACAUGGUGUUUACCCAGCACCUUUUGCUAGGCCUUGUUGCGGAGGAUCGGGACCCGGCUGGGUUCUUGGGCUCUGGCCAUACAAUUGAUGCUGCGCGUGAAGCUGUGCGAAGCAUUUGGCAGAAUGACAAUGAUAAUGGGAAUAAUAGCGGGAGUGUUGCUCAACCGGAGACAUCAGCAACGGAUGUGCCUUUUUCUGUGAGCACAAAGCGUGUUUUCGAGGCCGCAGUUGAGUACUCGAAGACCAUGGGGUAUAAUUUUAUCGCGCCCGAACAUAUGUGGAUUGGAUUGUUCACCGUUGAUGAUGGCAGUGCUGGCCGAGUCCUCAAGAGAUUAGGGGCAAAUGUAAAUAAUUUGGCAGAAGUGGCAAUCUCCAGACUCCAAGGGGAGAUGGCGAAAGAUGGAAGAGAACCACCUACUGCUUUGAAAAGGUCGCGUGAGAAUUCCCUCUCGGAGAAAACCACUCAUAGUAGAUCACUGGAAAAGUCAAGAGAUAAAAAAGCGCUGGACCUAUUCUGUGUGGAUCUUACUGCCCGUGCUAGCAAUGGACUGAUUGAUCCUGUGAUUGGUCGAGAAACUGAAGUCCAGAGGAUCAUUCAAAUUCUUUGCCGAAGAACCAAAAAUAAUGCAAUUCUUCUUGGUGAAGCUGGAGUAGGGAAAACGGCAAUUGCAGAAGGCCUGGCAAUAAAUAUAGCUGAUAAUAAUGUUCCCUAUUUUCUCUUGAAAAAGCGCAUAAUGUCCUUAGAUAUUGGCCUAUUAAUCUCUGGAGCUAAGGAAAGGGGUGAGUUGGAGGGACGUGUAACCACAUUAAUUAAGGAGAUUAAGAAGUCAGGCAAUAUAAUUCUCUUUAUUGAUGAGGUCCACACACUUAUUGGUUCUGGCACGGUUGGACGAGGAAAUAAGGGAUCUGGUCUAGACAUAGCUAAUUUAUUGAAGCCGUCGCUAGGACGCGGUGAACUGCAGUGUAUUGCAUCGACAACGAUGGAUGAAUUCAGGUUGCAUUUUGAAAAGGACAAGGCAUUGGCCCGAAGAUUUCAACCUGUCUUGAUUAAUGAACCAAGCCAGGAGGAUGCAGUUCAUAUACUGUUGGGUUUGCGUGAAAGAUAUGAAGCCUAUCACAAAUGUAGAUACACUUUGGAGGCCAUAAAUGCUGCUGUACAUUUGUCAGCUAGGUAUAUUCCAGAUAGAUAUCUUCCUGAUAAAGCGAUUGAUCUUCUAGACGAGGCAGGAAGUAAAGCCCGUAUGGAAGCAUCUAAGAUAAGAAAGGAACAGCAAACCUGUAUACUAUCAAAGUCGCCGAGUGAUUAUUGGCAAGAAAUUAGAUCUGUUCAGGCUAUGCACGAAGUGGAGCUGGCUAGAGAACUGAGUGAAAAUGGCAACAACUCUAUGGAGGAGGAUAGUAGACUUACUUUUGAAUCUUCAUUGACUUCCACGUUUAAAAAUGAAGAGCCUACAGUGGUUGGACCUGAGGAAAUAGCAGCUGUUGCUUCUCUCUGGUCUGGGAUUCCUGUUAAGAAGCUUACAGCUGACGAAAGAAUGCUUCUGAUGGGUCUUGACGAACAACUCAAAAAACGGGUUAUUGGUCAAGAUGAGGCCGUUGCUUCCAUUUGUCGGGCUGUGAAGAGAUCCCGUGUUGGCCUAAGUCAACCAGAUAGACCAAUUGCAGCAAUGCUCUUCUGUGGCCCCACUGGUGUGGGAAAAACUGAACUGACCAAAGCUUUGGCAGCAAGCUAUUUUGGUUCUGAGUCAGCCAUGCUACGAUUGGACAUGAGUGAAUAUAUGGAGCGGCAUACAGUGAGCAAGUUAAUUGGAUCUCCCCCAGGCUACGUUGGCUAUGGAGAAGGAGGCGCCCUUACAGAAGCUAUUAGAAAACGGCCUUUCACAGUUGUACUGCUAGAUGAGAUUGAGAAAGCUCAUCCUGAUAUAUUCAAUAUUCUUCUUCAGCUGUUUGAAGAUGGUCACCUUACAGAUUCUCAGGGUCGUAGAGUAUCGUUUAAAAACGCACUGGUAGUGAUGACUUCUAAUGUGGGUUCUUCCGCCAUCGCCAAGGGUAGGCUAAACUCCAUUGGUUUCUUGAUUGCUGAUGAUGCAUCAUCUUCGUAUGCUGGAAUGAAAGCAUUGGUGAUGGAAGAGCUCAAGGCGUAUUUCCGCCCUGAGUUGCUCAACAGGAUAGAUGAAGUAGUGGUGUUCCGCCCUCUUGAGAAGCCUCAGAUGCUCGAAAUUUUAAAUAUAAUGCUGCAUGAGGUGAAAGAACGGCUAAUAUCUUUGGGAGUUGGGUUGGAGGUGUCAAAAGAAAUAAUGGACCUAAUAUGCGAACAAGGGUAUGACCGGAGUUAUGGUGCCCGGCCUCUCAGGAGGGCAGUUACUGUCAUUAUUGAAGAUCUCUUGAGCGAAUCACUUCUUUCCGAGGAGUACAAACCUGGUGACAUUGCUGUAAUUCAUUUGGAUGAUUCAGGAAAUCCAGUCGUCACUAAUCGAUCAAACCUGAAAAUCCAAUUACCAGAUACAACUUCUAUCUUGUAA